ACUCACGUGGUACAUACUUCUGGUUUACGCUUCAACGUGCAGUCUUGUUUGUGCAUGUGGCAUUACAUUUGUUGAAUUGUUUUACAUUUAUGCGAUAAGAAGUAAACGUUAUAUACAUUUUCUGUUGUAAAAAUAGUGGAAGAAAAAUGUCUGUGUUUAUGGAUCUAAACAUCAUCAGCAGUAAUGAUAAGAACAGACUCAGAAGCAUCGUAGAGACAGCUGCGCACCUUGGCUACUCAACAGUUGCAAUAAACUAUGUGGUGGAACCACAACAGAAGAAACAGGAAAUUCCUAAGCCACAGAGUGUGUCAGACCUAUUUGAUAAAUUCCCAGUAGUGCAGGGCAAAUCUUCUCCCAUCAAAUUACUGAAUCGAUUGACCAUCAUAGCCUCUGAUGCUUCUCAUUUUAGACCAACCAACGAAUACAAAAGCUUUGACCUUGUGGCAGUGUAUCCCAAGACAGAAAAACUCUUUCAUGCAGCCUGCAUGACUUUUGAUGUGGACAUUAUCUGCAUUGCAGUGGCUGAAAAACAGCCCUUCCAUUUUAAAAGGGCUCCAGUUAAUGGGGCUAUUGACAGGGGAGUUUUCUUUGAGACAUGUUAUGCGGCAGCCAUCAGAGACACUACUACGAGAAGAUACACCAUUGCCAAUGCCAUCAGCCUCAUGGAAGUCUGUAAAGGAAAAAAUAUCAUAGUGUCCAGUGGAGCAGAAAGACAUCUUGAGUUGAGGGGCCCAUAUGACAUUGCCAAUUUAGGGCUUUUGUUCAGCCUGUCUGAGGGAGAUGCCAAAGCUGCUGUUUCUGCUAACUGUCGAUCUGUCUUGCUUCAUGGAGAGACGAGAGCCACUGCAUCUGGUGUUAUUUACACCAUGAAGAAACCAAAAACUCCCCAGAAGCAAGAAGAAGAAUCUCCAUUAUCUAAAAAGGCCAAAACUGAAUUAACAUAGCCAGUAUUCCAGCAUGCAUGUGUUCAUUACCUUUUUUUUUUUUAAAUUUAAGGUUAAUAUUCCCAGAAUCCCCUUUCCUUAGUCUUUCAAUCCACUUUAAAUUGAAAGAAAACACAGAUAUUAUAAAAAUGACAUUUAGUCAAGUUUUAAAGGAAUUGAAAACAGAAUUUACAGAUACAUGUACAGAUAAAUGAUUAGACUAGUAUAAAAUUUCUCAUCUAAUAAGUGCAUUCUGUAAUAACCAUUUAGAAUGUCAAAAAACACCACCAUGCUCUCACUGAAUCUAAUCUCAGCAGUAGAGCGAUUUCAGACAAUGCAUUUACAUGUGAAGUAAAUGAAAUUACAUUCUUUUCUGCCUUAUUUAUGGUAUAAAUAAAAAGUUAAAGUAC